AAAGCUUUCUUCUUCUUAGUGUUUGACUUGAUGAAGAAAGGAGAGCUUUUUGAUUACCUAACCGAGAAGGUUACGCUCAGUGAAAAAGAGACAAGGAAGAUUAUGCGGUCGCUGUUAGAGGUGGUUCAGUUCCUUCACGCUCAAAACAUUGUGCACAGAGAUCUAAAGCCAGAAAACAUCCUUCUGGAUGACAAUAUGAACAUCAAACUCACUGAUUUUGGCUUUGCUGUGCAGAUUGCACCAGGACAAAAACUUAAUGAGGUAUGUGGAACGCCAGGCUAUCUAGCCCCAGAGAUUAUCGAGUGCUCUAUGGAUCCUCACCACCAAGGUUACGGGACCGCUGUUGAUCUCUGGAGCGCAGGGGUGAUCAUGUACACCCUUCUUGCAGGUUCUCCUCCUUUCUGGCACAGGAAGCAGAUGCUAAUGCUGCGCAUGAUCCUGUCGGGAAGCUACCAGUUCACCUCUCCGGAGUGGGACGACCGUUCAGACACUGUCAAAGACCUGAUCUCCACGUUGUUGGUGGUGAAUCCUGAGGCACGUUACACUGCCAGAGAUGCCUUAAACCACCCUUUCUUCCAGCAGUAUGUGGUCGCGGAGGUGCGACAUUUCAGCCCGUACAGGAAGUUCAAGGUAAUCUGCAUGACAGUUUUGGCAACAAUGCGCAUUUACUGCAAUUAUCGACGUGCCAAGCCAGUUACCAAAGACGUGAUCAAGAGCGACCCCUAUGCAGUAAAGCCUAUUCGCAAGCUCAUCGAUGCCUGUGCAUUCAAGAUUUAUGGACACUGGGUAAAGAAGGGCCAGACACAGAACAGAGCUGCCCUGUUUGAGAAUAGUCCAAAAGCUAUCUUGCUUUCUCUAGCAGCGGAAACAGAUGAUUCAUCUCUCAGAAUGAUGUAAUAUAAUAUAUGUGAAAACUGUACAGGAUAGUAUGUUCAAGAAAUGGUUAUGAUCAAUGCUGCAUGCCAUCGUGAGAUGUUUCAAUAUGAGAGUAAAUCGACACUUUCACUUCAGUUGCAUAAAUGGCUUCCAACCUUUAACUGCACUGAACCUGGACACCUGAAGUUCUCAUGAUAAUUCAGGUCAUGUUUAUUUAUUCUAAUAUAUGAUGAAUUAUUUGAAAUAUUAAAACAAACAAACAAAAAUAUCAUAUGAAAUAAAAUGUGUAUACAAACUGAUUUUAUGAUGUUGUGUAUAAUGUGGGGAGCUAUAAUACAUCCAGAUCUGUCAAAUAC